AUGACAAAUUCAAUAGCAGAAGCUCUCGAGCAGCUUCACCUGGCUGAGGAAUCUGCCAAUGACGACGCCAUCGACGACAUCCUCGAGAGAACAGCUCCUCACAGCGAGCGCAAACCAGACCUAGAGGAGCUGAAGAGGCACCUCGAGCAGAAGUAUCUGACGCCUUCACAGACUUUCUCGACGGAAUGGCUCAAUAGGCUGCAACAGCGAUGGGACUGCCCAGUCGACUACACCGACCUCUUCGGCAUCGCACCUACCCAAACCCGCACCGUAACACGCUUCCAUCGCAAAGGUCUCGAGGGCAAGGUCGUCGGCUACAAGAAUGUCACCGUUACUGCCAACAGCGCGACAGCAAAGAACUCGACCUCCCUUACGCGGAAGCCCGCCUCCCGAGCAGACUUUGUGCGUGGCGCGGCUGGCUUCUUCCCGUUCGCUCCAGGUGGUCUGGACGGUAUCGAAGCUACCGCUGCUCUGGAAGAUCAGGCGCUGCGGAACGAGGGGUACCUUGACGUGUCCUCGGGGGCGAACAAGCUCGAGAGGGUCAUCACGCUUGGCGAGGAGGGCAGACUUCUAGAGGUUGCGCCUGGGUUGUCAAGGGGCAUCGAUUUCUCCAAGAAGAAGAAGACAAAGACCGGUGAAGACGAGGCCAAGGAGGUUGAGAAAGAGCUCGACCAGGAGCCAGAUCAAAUACCUGACGGAGCACAAACGAAUGGGGAGGCUGCUGUCAACGGCGAUAGUGCUACCCCAGAGGAUCAGACGGAACAAGAGGGUGAUGACGAUGAGGAUAUCGACGCGAUUCUUCCCGUCGAGUUCCCUGCCCUGGAGCCACAUGGAAAACUCGUGGCAUCGAGUGCUAGAAAGGCUGGCCGUGAGUGGGCGCACAUGGUGGACAUCAAGCGGGAGAUACCCAACUUCCACGAGCUGGUACCCAACCCGGCGAGAGAGUGGCCGUUUGAGCUCGACACUUUCCAGAAGGAGGCUAUUUACCAUCUUGAGAAUGGCGAUUCUGUCUUUGUUGCCGCACAUACCUCUGCCGGAAAGACGGUCGUGGCUGAGUAUGCCAUUUCGCUCGCUGCGAAACACAUGACAAAGGCUAUUUACACUUCACCCAUCAAGGCGCUCAGUAACCAGAAGUUCCGCGACUUCCGAGAGACCUUCGAUGAGGUCGGAAUUCUGACGGGAGACGUUCAGAUCAACCCCGAGGCAAGCUGCCUUAUCAUGACAACGGAGAUUUUGAGGAGUAUGCUCUACAGAGGAGCUGAUGUUAUCCGCGACGUUGAGUUUGUGAUCUUUGACGAGGUGCACUACGUCAAUGACGCGGAGAGAGGAGUGGUCUGGGAAGAGGUCAUUAUCAUGCUUCCCGACCAUGUGUCAUUGAUCCUUCUAUCUGCCACUGUGCCGAACACGCACGAGUUCGCUUCGUGGGUAGGGCGGACUAAGAAGAAGGACAUAUACGUUAUCUCGACUCCCAAACGACCAGUACCACUGGAGCACCAUCUCUGGGCAAACAAGAAUAUCUACAAGAUCGUGGACUCGGAGAAGAAAUUCAUUGAGAAAGGUUGGAAGGAUGCCAACGGUGCUCUCCAACGCCGAGAUCAGCCCAAGGCCAACGACACUGCGAACAAUACGCGUGGAGGCGGCAACCAGAGGGGAGGCCGUGGUGGACCCAACCAGAGAGGCGGCAACAACCAGCGCGGAGGUCGUGGAGGUAAUAAUCAGCGAGGAAGAGGAGGUCCUCCACGAGCGAGCCACAACCCAGGACACAUGGGCCGUGCUGGCCGUGUAGGAGGCUUUACAUCAGCUGCCCAGGACAAGAACUUGUGGGUUCAUCUUGUGCAGUUCCUCAAGAAGUCGACCCUGCUGCCUGCGUGCAUUUUCGUUUUCUCAAAAAAGCGAUGCGAGGAGAACGCCGAUGCGCUGAGCAACCAAGACUUCUCUACGGCUCAGGAGAAGAGCCACAUCCACAUGAUAGUUGAGAAGUCCCUCGCACGACUGAAGCCCGAGGAUCGCGUGCUGCCACAAAUUAUCCGAAUGAAGGAGCUUCUGUCACGCGGUAUAGCAGUCCACCACGGUGGCCUCCUACCAAUAGUCAAGGAAUUGGUUGAGAUUCUCUUUGCACAGACUCUGGUCAAAGUGCUUUUUGCGACGGAGACGUUCGCCAUGGGCCUCAACCUCCCUACCAGAACAGUGGUUUUCUCUGGCUACAGAAAACACGACGGUCACUCAUUCCGGAACUUGCACCCAGGCGAGUACACUCAGAUGGCCGGUCGAGCAGGAAGACGUGGGCUCGACACUGUCGGAUCCGUCAUCAUUGUCCCUCCAGGCGGUGACGAAGCACCUCCCGUGGUUGACCUACAGAAGAUGAUUCUCGGUGAACCCCAAAAGCUUCGAUCACAGUUCCGGUUGACUUACAACAUGAUCCUCAAUCUCCUCCGGGUCGAAGCUCUCAAGAUCGAAGAAAUGAUUAAGCGCAGUUUCUCUGAGCACGCGACGCAACAAUUGUUGCCAGAGCAUGAAAAGGCCGUCAAGAUAUCAGAGGCUGACCUGGCAAAGGUCAAGCGAGACUCUUGUGAGACCUGUGACGUUCACAUGGACGAGUGCCAUCAGGCCGCGCAGGACUACCGCAGCCUAACGGAAGAGUUGUACAAAGGCAUAUUAAAUAUCCCCAUCGGCAGGAAGAUCUUCUCCCGCGGGGCUCUGAUAAUAUUCCAGAAAGAUGGCAUCAGGACCCCUGGCAUCUUGCUAGCAGAUGGGACGGGUCUGCAGGUUUCUGCGGAUGUGGGACCUACGGUGCACGUCCUUGAGAUUAAGGCGAAUAGAGACAGUCGCGACUCGACUGACAUGCUCCCUUGCAUACCGGCCUUCCGCCCGCUGUUCCAGGAACUUCCGAAAAACAAGAGAUACAUCCAGACAAAGGUCAUGCAUGUGCCUCUCUCGGACGUUGAGGUGGUCACAGGCCACCAAACGAAGGGGAUCAUACCUGAGAUCUUCCAAGGUGGCGAUGCUGGCAAGGCUGCGAAGGAUGCGAUUCUUCACAUCUGUAAGACUUGGCAGCAACCUCACUUCGACGAGGCUGAUCUGCGUCGGAUCAAGAGCAUGAACUUGCAAGAGAUUGUGCAGAAGAGAAAACAGGCCGAGCAAGUGGUCACAGGCUCCGACGCUCUGAAGUGCCCUCAGUUCCUGAAACAUUUUGCGAUGUGCCAUGACCAGUGGCUCAUCAAGGAGCACAUUGAGCAACUCCGCCAAGCACUCUCAAACCAAAACCUGCAACUCCUCCCUGACUACGAACAGCGCAUCCAAGUCCUUAAGGACCUGGAGUUCAUCGACGAAUCUUCCCGCAUCCAGCUCAAGGGCAAGGUAGCAUGCGAGAUCCACAGCGGCGACGAGCUCGUCCUCACGGAGCUCAUCCUCGACAACGUGCUCGCCGACUACGAGCCCGCCGAGAUCGCAGCGCUGCUGUCGGCCUUUGUGUUCCAGGAGAAGUCGGACAUCGAGCCGUCGCUGACGGGCAGCCUGGAGAAGGGCAGGAACACGAUCAUCACCAUCAGCGAGAAGGUCAACCGGGUGCAGGAGCUGCACCAGGUGAUCCAGACGUCGGACGAGAGCAACGAUUUCGCGUGCAAGCCCCGGUUCGGGCUCAUGGAGGUCGUACACGAGUGGGCGCGCGGCAUGAGCUUCAAGAAUAUCACGGGCCUGACGGACGUGCUCGAGGGCACCAUCGUGCGCACCAUCUCGCGCCUAGACGAGACAUGCCGCGAGGUCAAGAACGCGGCGCGUAUUAUCGGCGACCCGGAGCUGUAUCAGAAGAUGCAGACAGCGCAGGAGAUGAUCAAGAGGGACAUCACGGCUGUGGCCAGUCUUUAUAUGUAG